CAUCGGACGUGGCUAGGAGGUCAUCGGACGUGGCUAGGAGGUCAUCGGAAGUGUCUUGGAGGUCAUCGGACGUGGCUAGGAGGUCAUCGGAAGUGUCUUGGAAGUCAUCGGACGUGUCUUGGAGGUCCUCGGAAGUGUCUUGGAGGUCAUCGGAAGUGUCUAGGAAGUCAUCGGACGUGGCUAGGAAUUCAUCGGAAGUGUCUUGGAGGUCAUCGGAAGUGUCUAGGAGGUCAUCGGACGUGUCUUGGAGGUCAUCGGAAGUGUCUUGGAGGUCAUCGGAAGUGUCUUGGAGGUCAUCGGAAGUGUCUUGGAGGUCAUCGGAAGUGUCUAGGAGGUCAUCGGAAGUGUCUAGGAGGUCAUCGGAAGUGUCUAGGAGGUCAUCGGAAGUGUCUUGGAGGUCAUCGGACGUGUCUUGGAGGUCCUCGGACGUGUCUGGAGGUGUGUUCAGAAGUGUCCUCGGAAGUGCCAUCCGAAGGGCAUCGGAAGUGUCAAAGACGUGUGAAGUGCAUCGGAAGUGUCAAAGACGUGUGA